CCGGCCUCUCUGCCCGCGGACCGGAAGUCAGCGAUGGCGCGGAACGUGCUGUACCCCUUGUACCAGGUGGGCGGCCCACAGCUCCGCGUCUUCCGCACCAACUUCUUCAUUCAGCUGGUGCGGCCCGGCAGAGCCCAGCCCGAGGACACCGUGCAGUUCCGGAUCCCCAUGGAGAUGACCAGGGUGGACCUGAGGAACUACCUGGAGCGCAUUUACAGCGUGCCCGUGGCCGCCGUGCGGACCAGGGUGCAGCAUGGUUCCAACAGGAAGCGGGACCACAGGAACGUCAGGGUGAAGAAGCCGGACUACAAGGUGGCCUACGUGCAGCUGGCCCACGGACAGACCUUCACGUUCCCCGAUCUCUUCCCCGAGAAGAAGCCGAGCCCCGAAGACGGCUCCACGGAGGACGGCCUCGAGGCGCUGCUGGAGGAGCAGCGACAGAGGCAGCGCCAGGACCCCCGGCGGGGCGGCGUCCCCCAGUGGUUCGGCCUGUGACGGCCACGUGGCGCAGGGCGGCCGCCUAAGUAAAUAAAAGUACCUGUGUGCA